UCUUUAUUAAGCCUCAUACUCAUGGCAAUGUUUAUUCGCCGAUCAGAAUACUUCUGUGCAUAAUUUGGAUUUGGAGGUGCUGCGUGCUGUUACUACUGUUGUGCAAUAUGACCGGACAAUUAGAUCUAGAAUCUAGAUGUAUUGUUCAAACUCUGAAUACUACAGGGACAGUUUGUGAUAGUGUUAAAACCUGGAAAAAUUGAUGAAGGACUCAGAAUCUAGACUCUAGAUCUACUUGCCAUUAAAAUUUUACUUUCGGAUUUGUGCGCUCUUGAGAUCAGAGAGGUCUCUUAAAAUUAGACCCUUGAAGCCAAUUUAAACUUUCACGGGGCCAGACUAGUUAGUCAGACCUAAUAUAUAAGGCGAUUGUUGAUUCAGUAGGCUGCAGUUUGGACAUAUUUACUGGGGAGCCUGUGGCUUUUCUUCCCACCAAGGUCUGUGGUCUACCAGUAGUCCGGUACUUCUGGCAUUGAGAUUCCAGGGCUACACUUUCUCUCUCUCUCUCUCACAAAAGUGGGGCCACGCAGUGAGCAGAGACUGACUUCCAUUUUACGUAUGGUCAAGGCACAAUCCGCUGUGGUCCAUUCCCGGCCACCGCUGUCUUUUGGCGAGCUGUGGAGGGUCAACUUAAUGUGGUCUGACCCUGGCAGCGUUGUUGGAUCAAAAUCAUGCAAGCGAGCGGCUUUUCACGUCCUGGAUCCUUUGUGUCGGUACAUAGACGUCCAUGUUUGGGCAUGCCAUGUCCUCGAGGCCUAUCCCACCCAGUGAUGUGUUCAUCCUUGCAGGGACCAGAAGAAUCCAUGAAGAUUUACUAAGCCAAAGGUAGAGCACAAGCCAACCACAGGGAGUGCAUAGAAGAAGUAGGUGAGGGUGACAGAGGACAACACUCACUAAAGGGAGAGUGAGAGUGUGUUGGUGGGGGGCAUAGCGUCUAUCACGUGCCGGUGGGUUCUGCCCUUCGCACCUUGUGGGGUCACACCUACUCCCAGCCUGUUGAUUUGACCCCUCCGGGCGAAGGGGGGAUAGUUUGUUGGCGCCAACGAUUCGCCAUUCGCCAGAGCCACGUCAGUGCAGACAGGGAUCACCACGAGUAGGUGCGGUUGGCUAGACUGGGAGAAGCUAUAUAUAGACGCUUGGGUGUUUCUCAUCUUUUCAUGAGGCCCUUCACCAGCCUUUGAUAGCCCCUGCAGUUUGGCAAAAGAAAGUUAGGUUGUUUUAUUUAAGACAUUCACAGUUGAGAGCUGUCUUCAAAUUCAAAGGUAGUGUUAACAUUGAUAUCUACAUGUAUAUAUUAUAGUAAUGAAAGUGGCUGACAUUUCCUUCUCUGAAAAGCAAAUUAAUGUCAGUUCUGAGGAAGACAUGGUGAACAGUAUUAUCGCCGAAGAUGAUGGUGGCUGUGGUAUGAAAAAAGGAUUAUUUCUUGUUCCUUGUUCUUCUGGAGGUAUGGAUCUUAGCACUGAUGGCAUCGUUUUUAAAGGUGAACCUAGUAGUUCUAGUUCUGGGUCUCCUUGUGCACGAAGGGAAGAUGUGAGACAUGACAUUUCAAGUGGAGAAAAUUACUCUGAAGAUAAGAGCAGUCCCCUGUUCUUGUUUAAUCUCAAAGAUGAAAGACCUGUUGUAAAAAACGUACAUCUGCAGAUAAAAGAAGAGUCCGGUUUUGAAUGUCCGUGUGAUGUCAAGGUUGAGGGAAAUGAUGAACCAGGCUUUGAAAACAGAAACAUUGCAGUAAAAGAUGAGCCUAUCAGUUUGUUUGGGGCAGAGGAAGAGGUAAAACCUGUCAUAGUCAUUAAACCAGAGUGCCAUAUUGAUUUUGUAAAAACUGAACCUCUUUUUGAAUAUUUUCCCGGCAACAUCGAUGAUGAAGUGAAACCAAAAGUGGAGGAUUGUGUGAAAGAGGAAGUGCCAGAAUGGGAGGGUCCAGACUUUGAAGAGAUAGGAAAGACAGAAGGACAAGUGGGAGAUGUGGAGGAGAUGAGUUUUGAACCCAUGUUUGUUGAGGAUCACAUGAGUCAGGCUGGAGGACUACAGCAGCAAAUCUCCACUGUCAGGGGUUUGUGUAUGGAGCAGAGUUCCAACCCACACACUGAUGUUGUUGCAUCCACGUGUACAACUUCUACAACUUUCUCUGCUGAUCCAAUUCUUCUGGAAUGUAAUGUCUCAAAUUCUGGCUCUAGUGUCAAGAAUAAAGGUUCAGAUUUCAACUUUUCUUGUGCUGUGUCUAUUUCCAGUGCUGUAAAUUUUUCUGAGUCUUCCAGUACGACACAGCCAAAAGUGCACAAAGAAACAGACACUGGUCAUUCAGAUGGUCCCAGGCUUACGGUUAGGAAAAGUACAUUCUCAGAAGAAACACUUCACAAGUGUAAAGUUUGUGGUGAAAGAUUUGCAAAAAGUGAUGACCUACUGAGACAUAAAAUGAUGCACACUGGAAAAAACCUGUACAAUUGUGAAAUUUGUGGUACAACGUUUGCAGAGAGUGACAGCUUUCACAGCCACAAAAGAACACAUGUGGGAGAAAAAUCUUAUAAAUGCGGAGUUUGUGGUGCAACAUUUGAUCAGAUGGGUGUCAUGCAGAGACACACACAGGAAAAACCUUACGAGAGUGAAAUUUGUGGUGGAAAGUUAACAAAAAGUGGAAGCCAAUUGGAACGUAAAAGGACACACACAGGGGAACAAGUUUACAAGUGUGAAGUUUGUGGCACAAGGUUUGCACAGAUGUGUGUUCUGCAGAGACACAUGAAAGUACAUGUAAGAGGAAAACCUUACAAGUGUGAAGUUUGUGGUGUGAUGUUUACUCAAUCCAGUGCCUUGGAGAGCCACCAAAGAACACACAUGGGGGAAAAGUCUUACGAGUGUAAAGUUUGCGGUGAAAAGUUUACAGAAAGUGGUAAUCUGCUGAAACAUAAAAGAACACACAUGGAAGAAAAGCCUUACUUGUGUGAAGUAUGUGGUGAAAGGUUUACCAAAAGUGAUAACUUCCUGGGACAUAAGAUAACACACAUUCGAGAAAAACCUUACAAAUGUGAAGUUUGUGGUGCAAUGUUUGCAGAGAAUGACAGUCUUCACAGACACAAAAGAACACAUUCGGAAGUAACAUUUUACAAAUGUGAACUUUGUGGUGCGGCAUUCGCACAGAUGGGUGUCCUGCAGAGACACAUGAAAGUACACGUAAAGGGAAGGCGUUUCCAGUGUGAAGUUUGUGGUGCAAUGUUUACACUAGCCAGUGUCUUGAAGAGUCACAGAAGAAUGCACACAGGGGAAAGGCCUUACGAGUGUAAAGUUUGUGGUAAACGGUUUACUCAACCCGCUGUCUUGAGGAGUCACCAUACAACACACACGGGAGAAAGACCUUACGAGUGUGAAAUUUGUGGCAAAAGGUGCUCACAAAGUGCUACCCUGCGGUUACAUAAAAGAACACACACAGAAGGAACUUUAGAAAAACCUUGGAAAUGUGAAGUUUGUGGGAAAAGGUUUGUAUCCAAGGCUAGCCUGCUUCAACAUAACAGAACACACACAAAAGAAAAACCUUACCAAUGCGACAUUUGUGGUGGAAAAUUUGCAUACUCCUCGAGCUUGAGGAGUCACAGAAGAAAACACACAGGAGAAAAGGCCUUCAAAUGUGAAAUUUGUGGUAAAGCAUUUACAGAAAGAGGAGAAGUAACGCAACAUAAGAGAAGAAAACACACUGGAGAAAGGCACCAUAAGUGUGAAGUUUGUAAUAAAAUGUUUUUAUUUCCCAGCUGCUUGAAGAAUCACAUGCGAAUGCACACAGGAGAAAAGCCUUAUAGCUGUGAAAUUUGUGGUAAGAGCUUUGUGUAUCGUAGUGCCUGUAAUGUACAUAAAAGAACACACACUGGAGAAAAACCUUACGAGUGUGAAGUUUGUGGUCAAAGGUUUACAGCUUGUACAUACCUAAAAAGGCAUACAAGAACUCACACAGGAGAAAAACCAUACAAGUGUGAAGUUUGUGGUGAAAGGUUUGCAAGAUCUUCUCAUCAAAGAAGACAUGAAAGAACACACUGGAGAAAAACCAUGCAAGUGUGAAGACUGGCGAUAGUUUUACGAGCGGUAACAUUGGUACAUAAAGGGAACCACACAGAAGAAAAACCUGACAAGUGUGAAGUUUGUGGUGAAAGGUUUUUAUACAAAGUGAUAACAACAUUUACAUACUUGGUGGGACAUAAAAGACGACACAAAACCUGACAAGUGUGGAGUUUAUUUAAAGUGAAACAUUCACAAGAAGUUACCUCUACUGGUAUAAAAGAACACACGCAGGCACUGAAGGAAAACCUGACAAGUGUGGAGUUUUGGGUGAAACAUUUACAAGAAGCUAGCUACCUCUACUGGUACAAAAGGACACACACAUGAUGUGAAACCUGACAAGCAUGAAGUUAAUGGUGAAAGCUUUACAGAAAAUGGAAGCCUAAGUUACUGUUAAAUAAAAGAACACACAAGGAGAAAAACGUUACAAGUCUGAAGUUUGUGGUCAAAGAUUGACACAUUUUGUGGGUGAAAUUUAUACAAAAUAGUAACUUGAGGAGUCACAAAAUUUAAGAAACACACACUGUAGAAAAACCUCAUACAGAAUUUGUGAUGCAGGUUUACUUACACUUAGAGUAGCAGUGCACAGAGGUACAGAAUGAAUACAUUUCAAAUAGGGUCUACAUGUAAAUGUAAAAUUAAACUGCAGUUUCAUGAAAUUUCACCGGCAAGAAAAAUUAGCUAGAUUGCUCUUCUGCCUACUCUGAAUACAAACGUCUCAGUUGCUGGAAUGUCGGGGGCUGUAACACAAGAGGACAAGAAUGGAGAUGAAGAUAGCAUGUCCGAGGAACAUCCCGUCUUGUCACUAUGAAUGGCGUUGGUGUGCUUGCGAUGGCUGUGGGACCCGAAGAGGGAGGUGAUCAAGUUGUUCUCCAAGUUGUUCUCCAAGUCCUCCCUGCAGCUGUGGUUCUUUGUCAGGAUUAUUGAACGUCAGGCUUGGGGCCAGGGAAUGAGUCGACACAGCCCAGAGGAGGUGAAAAGUCUCGUCCAGGAAGAUCUGCAUGCGUUAAUGGAUUAUCAGGGAGACAAGAAGUUCGUGAUGGGUGAUGAGAUCAUUAAGGUCAAAAGAAGUUCGUGAUGGGGGAUGAGAUCUCUGAGGUCGACUGUUGUGUGUUUGGCUUUGUCUGCCAGCUGAUCUACCACCAGAAAGACAAAUUUUUCGAUGGACUCUUUGAAACUCGCUUCCCAUCUCUUGCUCAAUACGAUGACAGAGUGAAAACUUUAGUGUGGCCAGAUUGGGACGACAUAUGUGACAGCAAAGAGACACCCCUGAGCGGAACCUUGUUGGAAGGUCAACAAUAAAGCAAACUGUGUCUAGGUCAUUUUGUAUUACAUACAGUGUUAAAUGGUUCAAUAGUCUAAAGAAUUGUUACUCUGAAAUUUUCUGGAAGAGUUGGCGAUCAAGCAUCAGAAACAAUAAAAAUGUCAACUGGUACCUUGCACCUUUGCCCGUAACUAGUACAUGUCAAGCGAUGUCACUGCAUAUCUCUGCACUUUUUUAAUACUUGUGUUGGACCCUUAAGGUCGGCGUUCUUCUUUUUCUGCAUCGUUUCCACAAAUUUGACAGCCACUUUUAUAGACUGGGCAUUCUGUUGUACCUAGUAGGUUCUCCAUAAUAAGGUCAUG